AUGCUUCCGGACCUCCGCGCUGAACUAAUGGACGCCUUUAGCGAGGAUCUCCUUCACCCCAACCCCAAGGCUGAGGCCCGCAAGCACAAGCUCAAGCGCUUGGUCCAGAGCCCCAACAGCUACUUCAUGGAUGUCAAGUGCCCCGGCUGCUUCAACAUCACCACCGUGUUCUCCCACGCCCAGACCGUCGUGCUGUGCUCCGGCUGCUCGACCGUGCUGUGCCAGCCCACUGGUGGCCGUUGCCGUCUUACUGAGGGUUGCUCCUUCAGGAGGAAGGUGGACUAA